AUGGGCCUCCACAAGGAGGCCAGCGUGCCGCCGCCCCCGCAGGCGAGUCUGAGACGGACAGGGCAGUCUGCGCGGCACGACGCCUUCUUCUCGUCGCACGCGCUCCGGCAAGAGUCCGCCCGCCGGCGCGCAGCCGCGUAUGCUCAGCCACCGGAGCAGUCUGGCCCGCUGGCGACGGCGACAGUCGAGGGACCCCGCUCGCCGUUGGGCGCGCUGGCCGUUCGGCCUGUCCGCUACCACUCGUUUGUGCCGCUCGACGUCCCCGACGCGUCGCGCCGCUCGCGGACGCCGUCGUUUCUCUGCAAGGCGCGGCCGGCGCAGCCUAGGAGAGGAGAGAAGGAGGGAGGCAACGGAGCGAAGCGACGGCAGUGGCGAGGGGGGGCGGGGCCGGGCAGCGGUGCGGUGUCGGUGGCGCGCACCCAGAGGCAGCCCCUCUCUGCCAAGGCGACGUCGUCUGUGGAUGGCGAGGCGUACUCCCUCCGCCGGCUCGACGGCCCGCCGGUGCCGCCGGAACCGCUCGCUGCCGCGCUGGCAUGGCGCAGCUUGCGCCACCCAAGUCUGGUCGCCCUCGUGGAUGCUUUCACCGCCACCGGCCCCGCUGCCGACGGCCGCGUCGGCAGCGCCCUCAAGCCGGCGCCGCAGGCCUUCGCGAGGCCGUUUGACGCGCUGCUUUCGCCGGACUAG